AUGGACAUGGACAUGGAUAUGGAACUUGCUUCCAUAGUCUCUUCUUUAAGCGCCCUAUCCAAUGGGAACAACAAUGGCCGCGGUCAGACAGCGGCCGUUGUGGGCGGCGCUUCUGCCGGCUCACAGCAGAUUGGAGGCUUUAGAAGGUCGAGUUUUACGACGUCGAACGACGUCGAUUCGGAUAUUCUGCUGCUACACGGCUCUAGCGAAUCCUCUCCGAUCUACAAGAAAACGGCCCUGUCUGUUGGUACGGCUCCGCCAUUCUCGACAAACUCCAGGAAGUUUUUUGGCGGCAGUGGCAACUACUACCAGUACAGAUCAAAUGACACUGCCUCCCUGUCAUCUGCAUCCUACAACAACUAUCACACCCAUAAUGCCGCGGGUAACCUGGGAAAAAAUAACAAAGUCAAUCAUCUCUUGGGCCAAUAUUCCGCUUCCAUUGCAGGUCCCGUCUACUACAAUGGUAACGACAGCAGCAAUGCAGGCGGCGAAGGAUUUUUCGAAAAGUUCGGGAAAUCUUUAAUUGACGGUACAAGAGAACUGGAAUCUCAAGACAGACCUGAAAUUAUUGCUAAUCAGUCUCAGUUCAUAACAAAAACUGUAUCCAAUGCUAGCUUGGACACUCAAAGCACCUUCGAGCAACCUGCGCAAUCUGACACAAAUGCCAACAGACUGAACAGGAACGCUACAAACAGUGGUUCACUCUACCAUUCUAGCUCAAAUUCCGGCUCUUCCGCGUCUUUGGAAUCUGAAAAUGCUCACUAUCCCCAAAGAAACAUUUGGAACGUGGCCAAUACACCGGUGUUCCGGCCCAGUAACAACCCUGCUACUGUCGGUGCUCCAAACGUUUCAGCGCCCAGUCAAUCAGAUGCUCUUGCAAAUAACUUUCCUCCUUACAUGAAUGGAUUUCCGCCAAACCAAUUUCAUCAGGGUUCUCACUACCAAAAUUUCCCCAAUUAUCUGAUCGGCUCUCCUUCAAACUUCAUUUCUCAAAUGAUUUCAGUGCAGAUGCCCACAAAUGAAGAUGCUGAAGACUCUGAUGACAAGAAGAAGAAAAAGAAAGCAAACAGACCUUCUUCUACAUCUUCACCUUCGUCUCCACCGAACAAUGCUUCGUUCUCAUUUCCCUACCCUAAUCCGAUGAUGUUUAUGCCACCAGCGCCACCAUCUGCUCCUCAACAACAGGAACAUCACCAGCAACAGGAAAAUCCUUAUAUCUACUAUCCCUCUCCUACUCCUGCUUCUGCUAAAGGUUCCAACAAGGAAGAAAAGAAUUUCAAGAAAAGAAACAACAAGAACCAUCCUGCAAAUAACGCCAACAACACAAGCAAACAGGCUAACCCUUAUUUGGAAACAUUCUCAAACACUAAGAACUCCUCGAAAAAAAACACAUCUUCUAAAUCCAGUGAGCCAGCGUCCAAUAAUCACAAAUCUCAAUCACAUUCUCACUCUCAGACCCCACCGCAGCAGCAACAGCAACAAACGUAUCACCGCUCGCCAUUACUAGAGCAACUAAGAAAUAGCAGUUCUGACAAGAACUCUAGCUUAAAUAUGUCAUUAAAGGAUAUCUUUGGCCACUCUUUGGAGUUUUGCAAAGACCAACAUGGUUCACGUUUCAUUCAACGUGAGUUGGCCACUUCACCAGCAUCUGAAAAGGAAGUAAUAUUCAAUGAGAUUCGCGAUGAUGCCAUUGAACUAUCAAAUGAUGUAUUUGGUAACUAUGUUAUACAAAAAUUUUUUGAAUUUGGUAGCAAAAUUCAGAAAGAUGCUUUGGUGGAACAGUUUAAGGGUCACAUGAAAGAAUUGUCUUUACAGAUGUACGCAUGCCGCGUCAUUCAAAAAGCUUUGGAAUACAUUGACUCUAAACAAAGAAUUAAACUGGUCCUUGAAUUAUCCGAUACCGUUUUGCAGAUGAUUAAAGAUCAAAACGGUAAUCACGUCAUCCAAAAGGCCAUUGAGACAAUUCCCUUGGAGAAAUUACCCUUUGUCUUAAGUUCUUUAACCGGCCACAUUUACCACCUAUCCACCCACUCCUACGGUUGUAGAGUAAUCCAAAGAUUAUUGGAGUUUGGUUCGAGUGAAGAUCAGCGCAACAUCUUAAAUGAAUUGAAGGAUUUUAUCCCUUAUCUGAUUCAAGAUCAAUACGGUAACUAUGUUAUUCAAUACAUUUUACAACAAGAUCAAUUCACCAAUAAAGAAAUGGUCGAUGUGAAACAGGAAAUCAUAGAGACUGUGGCCAGUAAUGUUGUCGAAUAUUCUAAACAUAAGUUUGCCUCUAACGUGGUAGAAAAAUCUAUUCUUUAUGGCUCGAAAGAUCAAAAGGAUCUAAUCAUGUCUAAGAUUCUACCAAGAGAUAAGAAUCAUGCUUUGAAUCUGGAAGAUGAUUCUCCAAUGAUUCUAAUGAUCAAGGAUCAGUUUGCCAAUUAUGUCAUACAAAAGUUGGUUAACGUUUCUGAAGGUGAGGGUAAAAAAUUGAUCGUUAUUGCUAUUAGAGCCUAUUUGGAUAAGUUAAACAAAUCAAACUCCUUGGGAAAUAGACAUCUAGCUAGUGUUGAAAAACUUGCAGCAUUGGUCGAAAAUGCGGAAGUGUAA